AUGACAAUCGCCAUCGUUCUCAGCCAAUCACAAUCUUACUUUUCCGUCUCCCAUACACGUUUUACGCCAUCUUGAAAUUACAUCCGUAGUUAGUAAAGCCGCUCUCAAAUUAAAAAGCACAACUCUUUUCAUUACUGCUUCAGUGUCCGGUAUGAACAGUUCACGAAACAAAUCGGCACCGACAGUCAGCAAAGGUCAGACGGACGCAGAGACCGGCUCGGAGGCGAACCACAGGGAUCGAAAGACUGGUGGAGGAAUGCUGAAGAAGCUGAAGUCGAGGCGCAGUCAAACGGAUAAGUGGCCUGUAGUCACAGAGGCUGAACUCCGGGCUCUGGGAAGAGAUAUUUCCCCGGACCAUGUCCUGGGUCUCCGGGCUGUCACGGAGGACUAUCUUUGCAAACCUGAAGACAAUAUCUUCAACAUUGACUUUACACGUUUCAAAAUCAGAGAUCUGGAGACAGGAACGGUGCUGUUUGAGAUUGCUAAACCUCCUAACAGCGGUCCUGUGGAGGGUGAAGAGGAGAGUGGAGAUGUAGACACCAGUGCAGGGCGUUUUGUGCGAUAUCAGUUUACACCAGCCUUCCUAAAACUGUGUACUGUUGGUGCAACUGUGGAGUUCACAGUGGGCGACCGGCCCAUUAACAGCUUUCGUAUGAUUGAGAGACAUUACUUCCAGGGACGCCUUCUCAAGAACUUUGACUUUGACUUUGGUUUUUGCAUUCCCAACAGCCGCAACACAUGUGAACACAUUUAUGAGUUUCCGAAGCUUCCAGACGACCUCAUUCGCCAAAUGGUGGCGCACCCUUAUGAGACCAGAUCAGACAGUUUCUACUUUGUGGACAACAAACUCAUCAUGCACAACAAGGCAGAUUAUGCCUACGAUGGGGGUCUGUAAUGCCUGAAGGGAAAAUGUGUGCAAUACUUCCCAGGGGACUGAUUUCCUGGAUUACAACCAUCCAAAAGCUUUGUUUUGUGGGACAGAAGUAUUCUCUCCUUUUGUGGACAACAUUCUUCAGAAUCAACGGACCACAUCUGCCUUCAUAUAAAAUCAUGGAUCCAUUCAUCAGUACUUCAUAGAGCUCAGUUUCUGGGACUUGGAGGAAUAUUCUGUUAGAUAUUUCUCUGUUAAAUCCGAGUGAAACCUUUUUGUCCUGUCUUUUCAGUUUGUUAUAAGUAUCAUGUUACUGCUUGAACACUUUUGCCUUAAGUUUCUUGCCGUCUCUGCUGGAAAGGGACAAUUUGAGUCACAGACCUCUCAUGGCAAAGCCUAUAGACUGUGUUAGUUAUAACUUUGUUUGCUUAAGUAUGUAGAUGUUAUCAGUAGAUGUUUAUUUGAACUACCUUUUUGCAAGUGACGGUUGUGUUUCCCAUAUGGAAAAGCAAGCAUUAACUAGAUGUUUUACAGUAUUGUUAGUCAUAGAUGAUCAUGUAGCACUAGUUGACAUUGUUUGAGUUUCAUUCUUCCUUAAAUAUCUACUCUCAGUUGUGAGGUAGGACUGUUUGUGUUUCAACAUUAGGUUGACCAAUCUUGUCUUUAGCAGCAUGAGCUCUUUUCAUGAUGCCAUAUGUCAUGUCCAUCCUGCUAAUAACAAAUAACAAAUCUUUAUGACAAAACAUUUUUAUAACAUCAUUGGCUGUCGACUGGGAAUCUAGUGUCUGUUCUGUCAAACUCUGUAUCCUUUACACACAUACAUGAAGAGAUAGCAGCAGAAUUGGAGUAACUGGGCUUUAUAUACCAUCCGUGUCUAAAACAGUUUGGUCUGCCCGCUUAAUCCACUCCAGUGUGUAAUCACACAGUUAUUUAAUCCCUCAAGGUCUGUCUUCCUGGUUUAUUUGGCACAACAGCACUGUGAAUCCCACUCUUUUGGAGCCAAGAGGGGCCAACGGUGUGGUAUAUCUAUUAAACUGUAGCACACAACAUGACAGUACAGAGUGAUGUAGCUUGGUAGAUCUAUUUUUAAUGAGGCAGUAGGGUAGCUACAGAAGUUGAUCUGUUUUUGCCCUGUUUUAAGGACUAUACUGGUGGUUUUGCACAUUUUAGCCCAUUUACUACAAAUUGUGUAAUGUUUCAUCAUACACACGUUUCCAGUCCAUUAGAUAUACGUGUACAAUCAACAGCCCUGCAAUAAAUCCUACCUUAGUUGAGCUCGCAAUACUAAUUUUUUGAUGACAGUGUCCGAGAGGUGUUGAUUUGAUUAUAUGGUCAUUUGAGAGGCCGUGGUGCUGUUGAAUUGUAUUCCAUCUACUCAAAGGUGUUCCUGAAAGAUUGGGAUGUCCGUAAUUCAUUGAACACAUCAAUGAUGAAAAGUCUGAGAAUGGUCCCAGCUUGCUUGCAACAUCAUUUCCAGUCUAAAUAUCCAGUGAUUAGCUAGUUCCAUUCCUUUGAUUUUCAUAUAGUACAGAAAUGAAUGGAAAUCAGCGACUACCUGAAAGGAGGGAAAGAAUUCUAAAACCUUGUAAAUGCUCAGCAUUGCUUUAAUGUAAUUUGCAUUUAAAUCAUGCAAAACCACUGGAACAGUCUGGAAGUCGUUUUCAAUACACAAAUGAUCUGGGCUUCCUUUUACAGUAUAUUGUAACAUCAAUUCCAUGUGCCUUAUAUCCAGAACCUUGUGCUUCAUCCACCUGUAAGGCAAACACAUCAAGCUCUCUGUUACAUAUAAUAUCUUACAGUGUCUUGCAGUACUGCCUUGUGUGAAACUGUGUGUUUUACAGCAUGUGUUGAGUCAUUUCAUAUACUCUUCUUUAAGUAAAAUUAGUAAUUUUACAGUUUUGACGGAUCAGCUCAUUAUGUAGCCCAUUAAUAAUCAACAAGUGUGAUAUCAGGCACACACUUGGACAGCCAUAGUCUUUGCCCCAUGACCCUAUACAACCUCAAUUUUUUUAUCUUUUGGACUGCUGGUUAGUAGUAGUAAUUUGCCAUAUUGUAUCAGUCAGUAGAUAAAAGAAAUCUCAUGAUCUAAAUGUCUUGAGAAGUGGGUACACUUUGUAUAUUUACACAAAAAGAGUACAUGACUGACCCAAAACAUGUCUGGAUCCAUUCUGUGACCUCUUGCAUGGAAUAUUCUUUUUAUAUUGGCGGAUUUUACCAAUGCAACAUUCAUGUCGUAUCAGAUUUAUUGUAAAUAAAAAUGGCUGACUGCAAAACAUA